CCCCUAAGAGCAGGAAGGUGUUUGACUAUGCCCCUCCCCUUUUGGUCACGUGAGAUGUUACCUGUACUUCCGCCGUUCAAAUACUUUGUAGACGGCCUUGUGCGCUCUUUUUUAUCUGGUGUCCGUAGGAAACGAAGCAGGAUAAUGGACAGCGAGCAGUUUCAAUCUGCAUCAUCCGGGGCAUCUGCCACAUAUCCCCAGCAGGCUUCUGCCUUGAGGAAGAACGGUUAUGUCAUGCUUAAAAACCAUCCCUGUAAGAUAGUUGACAUGUCUACUUCUAAGACUGGAAAACACGGGCAUGCCAAGGUUCAUCUUGUUGGGCUUGAUCUUUUCACCGGCAAGAAGUAUGAAGAUAUUUGUCCUUCGACCCAUAACAUGAAUGUCCCCAAUGUGAAAAGGACUGACUACAUGGUCAUGGAUCAUGAUGAUGAUGGUUUUUUGAGCCUGAUGGAUGACAAUUCAGAGCAGAGAGAUGACCUUAAAAUGCCAGAAGGCGAGUUGGGCGAAGCCAUAAUCAAAAAAUUAGAAGAGGGUGAAUCAAUUUUGGUCACAGUGCUGAAGGCUAUAGAAGACGAGCAAGUUGUCGCUUUCAAGGUGCAGCCCAAAUGAACUGAUUGUUUGCUGCUUCGCUGUCCACCAUGAGUGUCCCUGUUAGGUCAUCUCAAAUGUGGAGCUGGAUUGGCGUGGGUUCCUUAAAACCCCGUUACCUGGGCUUGAGUGACUGGCAAUCAAUGAAGUUAGCAUAACAUUUCACCUAAAGUAUGGGAUUUUAUUUUUGCGUAUCGGAAUAAUCCAUAGACAAAAGAGGAGACCGCUCGUGGACUUAGUUACAUUUGACAUAUUCAUGAGAAAUCUGGCCAUCGUAACUGCCAAGUUAAAAAAAAAAAGUGGGCAUUUGUUUUUAAACACACAUUCAAACUAGUUUUAAGAAAUCCCCGGAAGCCAAACGAGUAACAAUUUCGCACCAGCCAGGUGUCUGAUUUGUUGUUUGUCCUUGGUUGUGGCGGUCCUUUAAAAUACAGUAAGAGUUACAUUUAGGUUACUUAGGAUUUAAUAUAUACUAUACAUAUCAAUACAUUUAUGGGCAGGGAAUUGCAAGCACCCUCUUUUAAUGGUGUGGGUUAAAAUUGAGGAUAACUGCAAGUCUGUCCAUGAAUGCCCCAAACUAUGAACAGCUAAGCAAUAUUCUUCCACAUACUGUACACCUCACUGCUGAGGAAGCCGCACAGGUGUGCCUUAACAUAUGUUCCACAUGGCAAUAAACAAACGCGAUAAUAAAAGUCCAGUCAUUUGUUGAAAAAGUUUUAUAAAUAAGUGUUUUUCAUGUGUAUUUGGUUGAUUUUAACUUAAGAACGUUUAUUGGGCAGUCGUUAUUGUCUUAAUUUGUGAUUUUGAAAAGUUAAAGCAUGAGUUCUUGUUUUCAACAGUUAAAUAAAAAUAAGCUGUGGGUGAAGGGAGAGUCAUACUUACUGAAUGUCGAAUACCUAGGGUGUGGGUGGUCUGUUUAUUGUCCGUUUAAUAUUUUUGUAGGUUUUUGUGUGGUGUUUCGCAUGGUUAUUGGACCUCGGCUGAAAGUUUACAUUUCCAUGCCAGAAUCUACUGGGACUUGUUCAAUGUUUUGUGUACAAAAUGCAAAUAAAUAUUCAUAGCUUC